AUUCGAUGUCAUCUCCAACAACAUGAUCUCCGUCGUAAGCCCAAGUUCGAAGCCCUCUCCUAUGUCUGGGGAGACCCUUCAAACCCAACGGAUAUUAUUUGCUGCGGAGAGAUAAUGCCUGUGGGACGAAAUCUGGAUGCUGCUCUGAGAAGAUUGAGAAGUCCUUUUAUCCAACGCGUCCUAUGGGUAGAUGCUCUUUGCAUUAAUCAAAAAGAUCCCGUUGAGCAAGCCAGCCAGGUGGGAAUGAUAAAUUACAUCUACUCUCGCGCAAAGCAAGUUCUU